AUGCCAGUCCAAGGGCUCGAUUGCGAGAAUCCGGCUCUCCAUGGUCCCGACGAAUUCUCUAGUACGGGACAAAGCACGACACAAGAUUGGGCCAGGAAGAAUAGCUGGUCACGAAGAUGGAUGGAAACAGUCGACGCCACCUAUGCCGAUUGGCCAGCUUAUCAUAAAGAUCAUAAACUGACUGAAAAGACAGGAAAUACAAUCGUACUUGGGCUGGGAGCAUCUCAUCAGCCGAACGGCACACCAAAUGCGUGGAUUCGUUCGCUCGUCUCCAUUGCCUCAUUUAUCAUCGGCGCUGUCUUCUUUGCCCGUUUGACUCAUUACUUGGGGCCCCGCCGGCGUAAGACGCUGGUGACAUCUUUUGCAUUGCAAACCAUCCUCAUAGUUGUCGCUACAAUUCUCAUCCAAACGGGAGUGGUUCAGAAACAGGUGGAAGAGGUUUUCAUCUUUAAAAAUCAGAAUUUAGCUUUGAUUCCCAUCGCACUGCUAGCCUUUCAGUCAGCAGGUACCAUCAACUCUACUCGGGUCCUGGGCUUCAAUGAGAUUCCUGGUGUGGUUCUGACGAGCGUCUACUAUGAUCUCGCAUCAGAUGGACUCUUCUUCGAAAGCUUCGGUGCAAAUCGCAAGCGGAACCGUCGUCUUGUUGGAGCUGUGAUGCUUCUAACUGGAGCGAUCUGCGGCGGGUGGUUGAGCCGAUCCGCAGGGGGUAUGGCGCUGUCCCUCUGGCUUGCUGCAUUUUUGAAAUUCAUGGCCGGACUCGGAUGGGUCUUUUGGUCGCCGGAGGUUUCAUGA